UAGUUUUGAAAUUGAAUAUAGAACGAAAAAUAAUGAACAGCAGUUCAGAGUCGUUAGUUGAGUUGUCAUAGAAACCAAUCGUAUAAAUUACAGCAAACGAAACUAAUAAAAUGGGAAGUAACGCGAUAAAGUUUAAUUUUACUGUAACGACUUCACAAAAGAAUAAUUAAACAAAAGUAUUAUGAACACAAGAAUUUCGAAAGAAAAAAACUUGUGAAAAUAUUGGAUUGAACUUUAGUAAAUAAAAAUAAAUAUUACAAUGGAACGUAAAGAACAACGAGUUGGACUUGGAGUUGGAGCAUUUCAUAACCCACCACGAGCUCAGUAUAGUGAAGAAACUCGGCAGCUCAUAAAAAUUUUGAUGGAAGAAUCGAAACUGUCAAUGAUGCAAAGAAAAUCUAUACAGAAUGCAGUAAACCGUGGAGAGUCAUUGCCACCUAUUUCACGGGCAUCUUCUGUAGCAGUUAAUCAUAUACGUACUAUUCCAUCUUCAUAUUGGAAGCGAAGAUCGCAGGAAGCGAUUGUUAAUAGUGGUGCUUAUGAACGAGAACAAUUUAGACGUACUACACCAUUAUUAAACAAGGAAAAACAAAAACGUCAUUUGGCAUGUAUGAUGGCUUAUGGCAAAGAUAUGCCAGAAACACCACAUGGUCCAGCAAUUAGACAUAAACCGAGAAAAUGUUCACUACCACCGGAUAAUAAUAACGUUUUAGAUGACUUAACACGAGGUAUCAAAGAACGUAUUGAAUUUCUACAUGAGAUGGAACAUCUUGGUCUUGGUAAAAAGUAUCAGCCAAUAAUUCACCAAGAGAUCGCGGAGAAAAUACGAUUGAUUCAAUCGUUGGACAACCAUAAGAUGACGGAGAUCGAAGAAGAUAUUAAAAGAUAUAAGUACGAACAAUCCACUCCGAAGCCGUUUCCAAUGGGAGAACUCGAUGAUUCGUGACUAUAUUAAUUAUUUCUUUAUCGACCUCAUGAAAGUAAUAAUAUAUUAUUCAGAAAAAUAUUUUAUUUUGGUUUGUUAAUUUCCAUUAUCAUUAAUAAUUAUUCACUAGUUUUUUAAAUUAAAUACUUUCAAUGAAUUGUCUUGAAACGAAUUCAAAAAGUUAAGUAUGUUACUUAAUU